AUGAAUGGUCAUGGGCAGUUUCAGGUGAAGAAAUGGAGCGCUGUUGCGCUUUGGGCGUGGGACAUCCAGGUUGAUAACUGUGCUAUUUGUCGUAAUCAUAUUAUGGACUUAUGUAUAGAGUGUCAGGCAAACCAGAGUACGGGUCAAAAGGAAGAGUGUACUGUCGCUUGGGGAAAUUGUAACCAUGCGUUUCAUUUCCAUUGUAUUUCUCGUUGGCUUAAAACCCGUCAGGUUUGUCCUCUUGAUAACAGGGAAUGGGAAUUCCAAAAAUAUGGCCACUGA